GGUAAGGUCAGCUAUUGUGGUGUUCAAAACCAUUCUUUCCUUCCAUAAGAUCAUCAGGGGCGACUUCAUCCUGUUAAUACGAUAUUCUAUUGUUGGUUUUUGAAUUGACAAAUGAAACGAAGUAUGACAUCCCGGUCCUUGAAUGUACACGUUAAGCAGUCUGAUCAAUAGGAGAUGACUGGGAUCAUAGCCGCAAGCCGAGCUCCGCGUGUGGGGAAGUCCAUAUCAUACCUUAUCUCCAACUUCACGGUCGCGGAUUCGCGAUGUUUAUUAAUUAGGCGUGCAAGCUUCGAGAGAGAACUAAUUUACAAUCCCAAAUACAAACCUAAUAUCAAGAUGGCCGAGUGGGAAGUGAUUGCAAAGCGCAAACAGCAAGAGCGCGACUCCAAGAUCCCCGCGGCCUGGCUGCUGCCGACCAGCCCUGCCGAUAAUCACAAUGUCCUCCAGGUCCCUGGAAAGGCGGGCAUAUUGACGCCAGCCGAAAUCGACAUCACCGAGAACUACGAUGCCACAGGAUUGCGAGAUGCCAUUGCCGCCGGCAAAUUAAAGAGCCUGGAUGUUGCGAAAGCGUUCAGCAAACGAGCUGCAAUCGCCCAACAGCUGACCAACUGCUUGACGGAGAUUUUCUUUGAUGAGGCCCUGAAGCGAGCGGAGGAAUUGGAUGCCUACUAUGCGAAGCACGGCCAGACCGUGGGCCCUCUUCAUGGCGUGCCGGUUUCUAUCAAGGACUGUUUCAGGGUAAAGGGGGCCGACUCAACCACCGGAAUUGCUUCGUUGGCAUUCAAACCAGCCGUAACGGAGUCAGCCCUUGUGCAGAUCCUGCGAAAGGCUGGUGCAGUCCUGCAUUGCAAAACUAAUGUGCCCAUGACCAUGAUGGCUCUGGAUAGUCACAACAACGUCUGGGGACGAACCAUGAACCCUAUCAAUCGCAAAGUCACAGCGGGUGGCUCAUCCGGUGGCGAAGGCGCGCUCGUCGCUAUGAGAGGGUCGGCGAUGGGAGUCGGAACGGAUGUCGGCGGCUCGAUUCGUAUCCCCGCGAUGUGUAAUGGCCUAUAUGGGAUCAAGCCAAGCCAUCAGCGCAUACCUUUCGCGAAUCUGCAAGGUUCCACCGCACCCGGCGGAAGCAGGGUCGCCGUCGCAGCAAGCGCAGGCCCUCUUACCACGACAUUGCGGGAUUGCGAGCUAUUCUUCGACGCUAUAUCUUCCCAAAAGCCGUGGGAAGUUGAUCCUGAGGUGAUUCCGGCCACCUGGCCAUACCAGCAACCUGCGCUAUCGAAGCGAGAUGCGAUUAUUGGUAUCGUGAAACGAGACGGGUUGAUUGAACCGCUCCCUCCUAUUGCUCGCUUGAUUGAUGAAGUCGCGUCGCGUUUGAGGUCGCAGGGUAUCACGGUAGUGGAAAUGGACAUCACGCCUCUGUUCUCCAAAUGCCAGUCAUUAGCGAACAAGCUGUUCGGAAUUGAUGGAAACAACUACGCCUUCGAUCUUUUGGAAUCCAAGGGAGAACCACUAUCACCAUGGCUGGCCACUCGGUUGAAGCGAGGAAAAGUCAGGGGGUUGCCUGAAGUCACCGAUCUCCAUGCGCGUAGGAUGGCGCUGGAGGCCGAGUUCCUGAAAUACUGGAACGAUACCACCACCGGACGCCAGAUUGAUGCCUUCAUCUGCCCCAUGGCGCCGCAUCCGGUGCCACUCAUCGACAGAUUCAACGGAGUGAGCUACACUAGCUCCUUCGUCUUGCUCGACGCACCUGCUGGUAACAUCCCUGUGCGUGCAUUUGGGCAACAUGACCUCGAAGGCGAGGUGCCGAAGACCAAGGCGCUUUCAUCUUGGGACGAGAGAAACAGAGAGCUUUGGACCAAUGUCGACCGCUCCGUGUAUCUGGGCACACCUCUCUGCAUCCAGGUCGUCGCACCAAGGCUGCAAGAGAGACGGUUGACGGAGGCUAUGAAGGUCAUCGAUGAUGCUCUCAAGGCUUCUGGAUCUGACACCAAAUCGAAAUUGUAAAAUCAGCGUAGCAUUCUUACCAAACCGAUUUAGCUAUGGGCAAUAAUUCAUUGGAAUUUGUGAUAAGGAACCGCAUAUGUCGUUCAGCUACCCGUCCGAGAGCUCCGCAAUGCUGAUAGCUUUGUCGUGGCGCGUGAAAACCACACCGGAAUAUUCUGUUCAGGUCGUCUCCAGAGUACUGCAUGCCUAUACAGUUAAUCGAAA